UCUCUCUCUCUCUCUCUCUCUCUGCUUUAUUUAUUUAUUUUACAGUCUUUUCGUUGUAAACUCCCUCAAUCAUCUCUGAACUUAAAGAUUCUCCGAUCCACACCGGAUCUAAACCGAACUCCAUCGUUUCUUUUCACGAUUCAAUCGAUGUUAUGAAUCCUCUCUGCUGCAUUGCUCCGGUUUCAAUCGAUGACCGAACCAACCCGGUUAUCGCCAAACCGGCGUCGAAUCAACAACAACAACAACACUCUCUCGUACCUAGCAACAACCACGCUUCCAAGCCUUCCUUCUCAACGCAAGCCUCUUGGAUCAGCCAAGAUCAGCUCGAGAGGCUCUCUUCCGAGGACGUGAAUCUCGAGGGGAAAGACUCUUCUUCAAACGGAGGCUUCUUCUUUGGGAAUGGAGUUGGUGGUGGAGUCGCUGGGAUCAUGUAUAAGUGGACACACUAUGGUAAAGGGUGGAGAGCUAGGUGGUUUGAGCUUGAAGACGGUGUUUUGUCUUAUUACAAGAUCCAUGGUCCUGAUAAGAUUGUGAUGAAUCCCGCUAGAGAGAAAGGUGUUAGAGUGAUCGGUGAGGACUCUGUUAGGUAUAUUAGAAAAGCUAGCUGUGGAAGCAGCAACAAGCUUGGAGCUGGAGGUUCUGCAGCUGCUUCUUCAAGGCCUUGUAAACCUUUUGGAGAAGUACAUUUAAAGGUUUCUUCAAUUCGUGCGAGUAAGUCUGAUGACAAGAGGCUUACUAUAUUCACGGGUACGAAGACUCUUCAUUUACGUUGUGUGACCAGAGAGAAUAGAGCGACUUGGGUUGAGGCUUUGCAGGUGGCCAAGGAUCUUUUCCCUAGAGUGCCUAGUGGAGAUAUUUUACCUUGUGAAGAUGCGGUUGUUUCCACUGAGAAGCUGCGUGAGAGGUUAAUGCAGGAAGGGAUUGGUGAGGCUGUGGUUAAAGAUUGUGAGACUAUUAUGCUUUCGGAAGUUUCUAAUCUGCAGAACCGGUUGAAGGUUCUCACACAGAAACACGUUAUACUUCUAGAUACACUGAGACAGUUGGAGACUGAAAAAAUAGAGCUGGAAACUACUGUUGUUGAUGAAACAAAGGAGCAUGACUCUUGCUGUGGACAGGGAAGACGAUUUAGUGAUUUCUAUUCAGUGGUGUCAGAGGUAUCUCCAAGCGACUCUGAGGCAGAUAAUGAAAGUCAAGAUGGAGCAGAUGUUGAAUCUGAUGAAGAUGAUGUAGCUUUCUUUGAUACAAAUGAUAUCUUAUCAGCAGACGCACUGAGAAGUGCUUCUUACCGAAGCAGAGAAGCUGAAGGCAAUGGUUCUAUCUACGACAAAGACUCAUUUUUCUCUGACCGCCUGCAAGCUCCCGUUAGGAUUCCGCAGUAUCCAUAUGUGAGAAGAAGGGAUAAUUUACCAGAGCCAAAGGAGAAGGAGAAGCCAGUUGGAUUGUGGUCAAUCAUCAAAGAGAACAUUGGCAAAGACUUGUCUGGAGUUUGUCUCCCUGUUUAUUUUAAUGAGCCACUUUCUUCUCUGCAGAAGUGCUUUGAGGAUUUGGAGUACUCUUACUUGAUAGAUAGAGCACUUGAGUGGGGAAAACAGGGCAAUGAGUUGAUGAGGCUUCUAAACAUUGCAGCUUUCGCUGUAUCUGGCUAUGCCUCCACGGAAGGCAGACAAUGCAAGCCUUUUAAUCCUCUACUUGGUGAGACAUAUGAAGCUGAUUACCCUGAUAAAGGACUUCGUUUCUUCUCUGAGAAGGUGAGUCAUCAUCCAAUGAUUGUUGCUUGCCACUGUGAGGGACAAGGUUGGAAUUUCUGGGGAGACUCAAAUAUCAAAGGAAAGUUUUGGGGACGGUCCAUCCAACUUGAUCCAGUGGGUGUCUUGACAUUAAAAUUUGAUGAUGGUGAGACAUAUCAAUGGAGCAAGGUUACCACUUCCAUAUACAACAUCAUCCUAGGGAAACUUUACUGUGAUCAUUAUGGAACUAUGCGCAUCAAAGGCGGUGGCAAUUAUUCCUGCAGGCUGAAGUUCAAGGAGCAGUCAGUCAUAGAUAGGAACCCUCGUCAGGUUCAUGGGUUUGUGCAAGACAAUAGAACUGGGGAGAAAGUAGCUAUCUUGAUAGGCAAAUGGGAUGAAGCAAUGUACUAUGUGUUGGGUGAUCCGACAACAAAACCAAAAGGAUAUGAUCCAAUGACAGAAGCUGUGUUACUUUGGGAAAGAGACAAAUCUCCAACAAAAACAAGAUACAACCUCUCCCCUUUUGCAAUCUCUCUUAAUGAGAUAACUCCUGGGAUGAUGGACAAACUGCCUCCAACAGAUUCAAGAUUGAGACCUGACCAAAGACACUUGGAAAACGGUGAAUACGAGGCAGCAAAUGCUGAGAAACUGAGACUUGAACAGCUGCAGAGACAGGCAAGGAGGCUGCAGGAGAAAGGAUGGAAACCAAGAUGGUUUGAAAAGGAUGAAGAAGGGAAUUAUCGGUAUGUAGGAGGGUAUUGGGAAGCAAGAGAGAAGAAAGAUUGGGAUAAGAUCACUGACAUUUUCAAGAAGCAGCAGCAGCAACAGCGUAACAGUGUUUCAUCUUCUUCAUAAUCAUCUCAUGUUUUUGUUCUUUUAUUUGUUUCCUUUUUUAAAAUUAAUAUAUAUUGAAAGAUUUUCACCAUUCCUUCAUUGUGCUUCUGUGAAAAUUUGGCCAGAACCUUUGUUGGUGUGUGUGUGUGUGUGCAUUAUAUGUAGAUGUCAAUCAGACUUGUUGGAGGUAGUAAAUUAUCCGAUUAGGAUUCUGGUUUCUACUAAAUAACUACUAAAUGUUAACAAGGUGAUACAUUUUUACUCAAAGAUCAAAACUGCUG